CGCCCGAGUUCCUGGUCCCACCCCAACCCAGACCUCACCAUCAAUUCAACUCUAGAACUCAAUCCCACAUCUCAAAUACCCCAAACAAUCAACCGCCAUGCCUUUCUUCGGCCGCUCCAACGCUGAAACAGUGCCCGCAACCACCACUACCAACAACGAGGUCCCCAACCGCCGCCGCAGCAUGUUCGGACGCAAGGACAACACCGCCAAUACUACGAUCACCCACACCACGCACCAAAAUAGCCCGACCCGCAACUCCGGCACCGGCCUACUCCACCGCCACGAAGACGCGUCCAUCGAGAGCGCGAAACAGAGCUUGUUCCGUGCCGAGAAGGCGGAACGCAAUGCGGACGAGGCGUUGAACCAGGCGAAGAUUGCGGUUAGGAAUGCUAGGGAACAUGUGAAGAGAUUGGAGAGGGAGGCGGCUGAGGAGGCGCGUCUUGCGAAGAUCAAGCAGAAGCAGGCCCAUGUUAUUGGAAAGAGGGGCAAGGCUCUUGGUCCAUGUCUAAACAACCAUCCCCACCGAGCAUUAUCCAGCUCUCCAUCCCCUAGGCAUCUCAACACGUGCUCGGCUUACACCUGCCUCUCAUGCUUGAGGUCUAUGCGGUUGCUCUUCCUGCAGGCGAAUGAGCGAAUAACCUUGAUUUUCUUUUGUUCUCAUCUGAGCGGCUUCACCUUCGCCGAAUGUAUACCAGCUUUUGAGCAUGAGCGGGGCGAGCGUGGCAUAGGCUGUACGAUAUUGGCGUGAUUGGAAUUGAGAUAAAUGAAUUAAAAUACCUUUUCGUCUA